AUGUGGAACUCACCCAAGGUUGGAAUCCUCGGUGGUGGCCAGUUGGGCCGUAUGCUCGUCGAGUCCGCCAACCGAUUGAACAUUCAAGCCAAUGUCCUAGACGUCGAGAACUCUCCCGCCAAGCAAAUCAGUGCCCACGACGGUCAUGUCACCGGUUCCUUCAAGGAGCGUGAGUCUGUGCGCAAGCUGGCCGAGUCUUGCGAUGUUAUUACCGCCGAAAUUGAGCACGUCGACACUUACGCUCUCGAAGAGGUUGCCUCGAAGGUGCGGGUGGAGCCCAGUUGGCAGGCUAUCCGGACAAUCCAGAACAAGUUCAACCAGAAGGAACACCUCCGCAAAUAUGGCAUUCCUAUGGCCGACCACCGUGAAUUGCAAAACAACACACCCCAGGAAUUGGCACAGAUUGGCGAGCAGUUGGGCUACCCGAUGAUGCUGAAGUCGAAAACUAUGGCAUACGACGGACGUGGAAACUUCCGUGUCAACUCCGAAGCAGACAUUCCCGAGGCUCUUGAAGCUCUUAAGGACCGACCUCUCUAUGCCGAGAAAUGGGCCUACUUCAAGAUGGAACUCGCCGUCAUGGUCAUUAAGACAAAGGAUGAUGUUCUCUCCUACCCCACCGUCGAGACAGUCCAAGAGGACUCCAUUUGCAAGACGGUGUACGCUCCAGCCCGCAACGUCCCUGACGCCAUCAAUCAGAAGGCGCAAGCCCUCGCCCGGAAAGCUGUCUCUGCAUUCGAGGGCAAGGGUGCUUUCGGUGUCGAGAUGUUCCUUCUUGAGGACAACAGCCUGAUGCUCUGCGAGCUCGCAAGCCGAAUCCACAACUCCGGCCACUGGACCAUGGAGGGCUGUGCUCUGUCCCAAUUCGACAGCCACAUCCGUGCCAUUCUCGACCUUCCCAUUCCCCCCAAGAGUCUCGAGCUCCUCCAGCCUUCGAUCAUGCUUAACAUCAUCGGCGGUGCAACCCCCGACUCUCACCUGAAGGCCACCGAGGCCGCCCUCUCCAUCCCCAACGCCACCAUCCACCUCUACAGCAAGGGUGAUGCCAAACCCGGCCGCAAGAUGGGCCACGUCACCGUCACUGCAGCCACCAUGCACGAGGCCGAGACCCUGAUCCAGCCUCUGAUCGAUGUCGUUGACAACAUGCGCGCCCAGCGCUCCGAUAUCAAGACUAAGGCCGCACCAUCCGGUCCCUCCAAGCCCGCCCCCUCCAUCGGUGUCGUUAUGGGCUCUGACAGUGACCUGAAGACUUUGGUCCCAGGUCUCAAGCUCUUGCGCGACUACUUCGGCCUUGAGCCUGAGGUCGAAAUCACCUCCGCUCACCGCACACCCGACUACAUGGCCGAGUAUGCGGCCAAGGCUGCGUCGCGCGGAAUCAAGGUCAUCAUUGCUGCCGCUGGUGGUGCUGCUCAUCUCCCUGGUAUGGCAGCUGCGCACACUGCGCUCCCCGUCAUCGGCGUUCCUGUGAAGGGCAGCGUCCUCGAUGGUGUCGACAGCCUGUACAGCAUCGUGCAGAUGCCUCGUGGUGUCCCCGUCGCAACAGUCGGUAUCAACAACAGCAUCAACGCUGCCCUCCUUGCUGCCCGCGUGCUGGGCUCUUUCGACCCCUCUAUUCAGCGCAAGGUUGAGGCAUACGCCGAGGCUGCGCGUGCCGAGAACAUGGAGUUGAAGGGUACCAAGAUGCGCGAAUUGGGGUGGCAGAAGUACUUUGAUCAGAUGUAA